AUGGAGAAGGAGCCUUUGCUUGGUGGUGGCCUGCCUCGUGAGGCCGCAACACCCAAAUCACGCUGUUUGCUUGCUGCCAUACGCGUACUCGCAAUCACCUUUGCUGCCUCGUUUGCUGCAUGCUAUUCUUACACCGGUUACUGGCCUCUUGACUAUGUGAUAUACACACCAGCUGAGAGAGUUCUUAUUCGUAAUCCAUUGAUUGUCCAUGGACUAAUCCUUGAANNAGAUGGCCACAACGAUCUUUUGAUCAGACUGAGGGUUGACUACCGCAACCAAAUUUAUGCUCCCGAAUUUACCGACAAAAUGGAAAAUGGCGGCCUCCAGGGCGAAGUUGAUAUCCCCCGUAUGAACCAAGGCAAACUCGGAGGUGCAUUCUGGAGUGCCUUUGUGCCCUGCCCAGCCAAUGGAUCCGACUUCUCUGAUGCUGCCUAUGCUCCCUACGUCAAGACAACACUCGAGCAGAUUGAUCUCUACAACCGUCUCACCGAUAUGUACCCACGCUAUUUCACGCUCGCCAAAGACUCUGCCGCAGCUCUGCGUGCCUUUGCUUCGCACCAACUGAUCUCCCCUCUGGGUAUUGAAGGUCUGCACCAGAUUGGAAACUCCAUCUCGACUCUUCGCCUCUACCAUAAACUCGGAGUCCGCUAUGCAACUCUGACUUGGAACUGUCACAACAAGUAUGCCGAUGCUGCUCUUGUCUCCAACUCUGACAACCAAACCGUUGUUGCACCUCCAUUAUGGGGUGGUGUCUCGCCUGCGGGCAAGAAGUUGAUCCAGGAAAUGAACAGGUUAGGCAUGCUGGUCGAUCUCAGCCAUGUAAGCCAGAACACCAUGGCACAUGUCUUGGGCCUAGGUGAAGAUGGUUGGCAAGGCAGCAUUGCUCCUCCAAUCUUCAGUCACUCCAGCGCAUACUCUAUCUGCCCUCACCCUCGCAACGUUCCUGACCACAUACUUCCUCACGUCAAAGCUGCACGUGGUAUCGUAAUGAUCAACGCAAACCCAGACUUCAUUAGCUGUCGUGCUUCCAACAGCUCCUCUGGUUUGCCUGAGUUCGUGCCCGAAACCUCGACCCUGCAGCAGGUGGUGAAGCAUAUCAAAUACAUUGGAGACAUGAUUGGUUAUGAUCAUGUAGGCAUUGGCACCGACUUCGAUGGUAUUGAAAGCACACCAAAGGGAUUUGAGGAUGUGUCCAAGUUCCCUGAUCUAGUGACUGAAAUGCUGAAGCAGGGAAUUAGCGAGCAGGAUGCUGGCAAAGUUGUAGGCAGGAACAUCUUGAGAGUUUGGGCCGAUGCCGACGCUGUGGCUACUUGGAUGCAGAGAAAAGGCGUGCAGCCGCUCGAGGAUGAAGUGAAGCAUCCUUGGGAAUGA